AUUUCUGCUGCAGAGGAAAGCAUGUCUGCCAUAUCACUGGCCAGCACGCAACGUCCGAGAUCGGUGCUGUUACUGCACUGCUCAGGUUUCAGCAAGCAGGCCUCGGUCACACAUAAGAAGGCUCGUCAUCAGGCCAGCAGAAUCAGAUGCAGAACUUAGAGCCUGUGCCACGCUCAGAGCACAGUCCUUUUAUACCUAUCCUCCAGAGAGGAGCUUUGCCGGCCAGAUACACCAGAUUAUGAAAGGAGACGAGGAGUUUGAGGCCCUGAAGGAGCAGAGGGACCUCAGGAAUGCGCGGCAGCCCAAUGAGAACAGCGCUUGCCUGGUGGCUGUGUGGCCUUCUGAGAGCCUAGAGGAGUCCCCCUCCUCGCUGGGGCUGCAGGCAAUUGGGGAGGAGGCUGUAGUGGGCACACUUGACCUGUAUGCCAUCAGGGCCAUGCCUGGAGAAGUUCUCAUAGGGGAUUGCAGCAACCCUGCAUACCUGGCAAACGUGUGCGUGGCGAAGGCAGCGCAGAGACAGGGCGUUGGACGUGAGCUGAUCCACAACGCAGUAGACCUUGCCAACCAAUGGAAGACGGAGGCGCUAUUCGUGCACAUUUUGUGGGUGAAUGACAAGGCGCGCAUGUUCUAUGAGAGCCUGAGCUUCCGCGUGGACAAGGAGGAGAGCUCUAACACAGCGCACUACAGAGGACACUGCCUCGAAGGGAUAGAGGGGCGCGGCCGCACGCUCAUGCUCAGACGAGACCUCCCUUAA